AUGGUCAAGAAGUUCUUGAAGGGUCUUCCGAGGCACAAGUACAUCCAGAUCGUAACGUCUCUUGAGCAAGUGCUAGACCUCAACAAGACGGGUUUUGAGGAUAUAGUUGGAAGGCUUAAGGAGUACGAGGAGCGUCUAGGAGAAGAAACUCAGAAAGAAGCUCAAGGGAAGUUGAUGUUUUCGAACAAUGAAGAAUAUAGUCAGAGGGGCUAUGAGAAUUCCCGUAGUAGAGGAAGAGGACAGAACGGUAGAGGCAUAGGUCGAGCGAAGAAUCAAGAAACCAACGUAAACGAGACAGAAGAGGCCAAUGCACUCUAUGUACACGAGGUGGUGUUCUUGAACAAUGAUAAGGUGAUUCCGAAUAAUCUUGAUAUCGACAAAGGCAAUGCAAGUGUCUGGUAUUUGGAUAAUGGAGCGAAUAAUCACAUGACGAGAAACAAGGAGUUCUUUUUGAGUUUGAAUCUCAACACCAAAGAGAAGGUGAAGUUUGGUGAUGGAUCGUGUGUUGACAUUGUAGGAAAGGGUGUGGUUACUUUUGUGUGCAAGACUGGAGAGAUAAAGGAACUGAAAGACAUAUACUACAUACAUGAUCUGAAGCACAAUAAAUUGAGUUUUGGGCAAGCAACAAAGGAUGGAUGUGAGGUUAACAUGAAAGAUCUCUACUUAACACUCACAGAUUCAGAUGGAACGUUGCUAGUACGUGUUACAAGAUCUCCAAAUCGCCUCUACAAGACCCCUAUGGAGAUAAGUUACCCGAAGUGUAUACAUGUCAGGGACGAAUAUGCUACACGAAAGUGGCACACUCGACUAGAACAUUCAUGGACGUCCAAAGGGUCCAUAACACACAAGGCAGAAUGGAAACCACAAUCCCAGUUGGAGGCAGACACACAAUAUCCUUAA